CGAAGGAGUAAGGCACUGCUGCGGGAGAUGUAGCUAGCGGCUGAAAGAAGCAGAAAAUAGAUCAUCGCAGUGAAGAUGGCAAGAGGUAUCCGGGGACUGAGGAGAGCGGUACUAGAAUGUAUUAAACAGUUACCCGUCACAGCUGGCCGAGAAACACCUAAAAGGAUUGGCGUAAGAUAUCUCUCCUCAUGUGGGAUCCUGAUGACGCGGGUGCCACCCCUCCUGGGGGUCAUGCCCGGGUCCAGAGUCAUCGUGGCCCCCACCCACUCCUUCUUCAACCUGGCUGACACCUUCAACAAGAGGAAGGAGUACUCCGAGAGACGCAUCAUGGGGUACUCUAUGUUGGAGAUGUAUGAAGUGGUAGCUGGGGUGGAGAACUACCUUCAUUUCGUUCCCUGGUGUAAGAAGUCUGACGUGGUGUUCCGGCGCUCAGGAUUCUGCAAGGCCAAGCUGACUGUGGGCUUCCCCCCUGUAGUGGAGAACUACACCUCGUUGGUCACCACAGUGCGCCCCCACCUGGUCAAGGCUGCCUGUUCAGACGGUAAGCUCUUCAACCACCUGGAGACGGUGUGGCGCUUCAGCCCUGGCCUCCCUGGCUACCCUCGCACCUGCACUGUUGACUUCUCUAUCUCCUUUGAGUUCCGCUCCCUGCUGCAUUCCCAGCUGGCCACAGUUUUCUUUGACGAGGUGGUGAAGCAGAACGUGUCCGCAUUUGAGAGGCGGGCCGGUAAACUGUAUGGAGCACAGACCAUGAUCCCCAGAGAGCUCAUGUUUCAUGAGGUCCACCACACGUAGCGCGCCCCAACGGGUCAUCAUCUUUCUACACACACACACACACAGUCACACACACACAGUCAGCAAUGGCAGGGAGAGCGAGAGGGGGGGAAGAAAGAGUGAAGGGAGGCGGGAGGAGAGAAGAGGUUAUGUGCCUGAACGCUGCAGUACCUUAUCAGAACACGACCAAUUAUUUUAUUCCCAUUAACUGCUUGUGGCUGGAUUCUGUCCCCCUCCCUACCCCCAAAAUACCCUACUCCUCUCCUCAAACAUACAUCACUCUUCCUCCCCCCAAUACCACCAUGGUCUCCUCCCGGUGACCCCCUCAACCCAAAGAAACCAUCAGCACCUCUGGCCAGUAGGCACGCCCCAUAGCUUAGUGCUGUCCCCAUGCGGUGGGCACAGGUCAAGACAGGGCUUAUAAUAGCCAUCUUGUGGAGAUCUCUUCUGCUAGUGAAAGGCUGUGUGUAAGGUACUAUGGUAGAGAGAUCAGGGGAAAGGGACUGGGCUUCUUAUGUCCUGAUCAGGCCAAGAGGUUGUGAAGGCCCAUCCAAGAUAUGACACGUGCAUUACGUUAUUCUAACAAACCUAUCACUUAACAUACAUUAUAAACUGGGUGGUUUGAGCCCUGAAUGCUGAUUUGGCUGAAGUGACAAAGCAUUUAUUUUUACUGCU